UUGCUUGCAUGAGCUCCGGUUAACCGUUAUAUGCUUUAAAUUGUAAAUGUACUGGUUGUCUGUGAAGAUGCAUGAUAUCGGAGACAUUUUCGCGAUGUAACGUAAUGACAUAAAGAGUUGUCAUAGAGCAUGCACUGCGCUACCUCGAGCUACGGUUCCCCGUUUGUUAACAGCAGCUGCCGUUUAAUGGAGAGGCACACUGGUCUCCCUUUCAUAGAAACACUUGCAUCAUGCCAUACCAGAGUUGCUUCCUCAGUUGCGUAUUAAUACUGCUACAGACAUCAAGCUCCCAGCAAGUAGAGCAAAGCCAGCUGCUACUGGUGUCCUUUGAUGGCUUUCGCUGGGACUAUGUGAAUCGAGUACCCACGCCCAAUUUUCGUGCCCUGAUGGAUGAGGGUGUGCAGGUGGAGAAAGUGGAGAACACCUACAUCACCAAGACCUACCCGAACCACUACACCUUAGUGACAGGAUUACACGCCGAAACCCAUGGCAUCAUUGCUAACGAAAUGUACGACCCCAUUCACAACAAGUCGUUUUCCAUGGAGGGACCUUCAGUGUACGAUGCAUGGUGGUGGGAGGAGGCCGUGCCGUUGUGGGUGACCAAUCAGAAGGCUGGCUGGAAGAGCGGAGCUGCCAUGUGGCCUGGAUCAGAUGUAGCAAUUGGUGGAACGUACCCAACACAUUACUUGAGUUACAACGCGUCAAUGCCCUUUGAGACCAGAGUCGAGAAACUCAUUGAUUGGUUCUCAGGGCCGAAGGCCAUCAAUUUUGGUGUCUUAUAUUGGGAGGAGCCAGACGAGAGCGGGCAUAACUUGGGGCCGGAGAGCUCACAAAUGGAUGCGGUCAUAGCAGACAUCGAUGAUAAGUUGGGAUUCCUCAGGGACAAGCUCAAAGCUGCUGACCUUUAUGAGAAGGUCAAUCUCAUUGUUACAAGUGAUCAUGGAAUGACUCAGUUAUCACAUGAGAAGAUUAUUGAGCUGGACACCUACGUCAGCCGAGAUCUUUACACAUGGAUAGACAAGAGUCCUGUAGUUGGAAUUUUGCCAAAAGAAGGCAAACUUGAAGAGGUCUACAGCUCGUUGAAGAACGCCAACCCGAACAUGGCCGUGUAUAAAAAGGAGGAGAUUCCAGAUCAUUACCACUACAGACACAAUGCCAGGAUCAUGCCUCUGAUCAUAGAGGUCAAAGAGGGAUGGACGGUCAUGCAGAACAGAAAUGGAUCUCUCAUGUUGGGAAACCAUGGUUACAACAACAGCCUUCCCAGCAUGCAACCCGUGUUUGUCGCCCGCGGACCCGCUUUCCGCCGUGACUACACCAAGGCCUCCAUGAGCUCGGUCGACCUCUAUCCUCUCAUGUGCUGCAUUCUUGGUCUCAAGCCCUUGCCCAACAAUGGCUCUUUGUCAAGCGUGCAGGAUCUCUUAGUGGAGACUUCAACCCCAAAACCACCAGUGGUGCCGCCCAAGCCUAGAGAGACUUCCUACGCCUGGGCCGUGGGAUCCAUCUUCGGCACCUUACUCGUAAUCGGGUUUCUCUUUAUCUUUGUGCAGCAGGUGACAAAAAGGCAGCUACCGCCACUGCAUCUGUCCAAUAGUGAGAUAACACAACCCUUACUGUAGGCUCAAACCUGCACUUUUCUCAUGUGAGCUUCUUAAAGUAUGCAGCACUGAAUUUUUCAUCCAGUGCCACGGAUCUCAUUUCAGUCUAAAAUAAUUCUGAUAACACUUUUUAAGCAGUCCGCAUGGUCGCUCGAAAAUCAAAAGCGAUCAAUAUCCACGGUACCAUGCCAAAGCCAAAUAUACCAAAAGCAAUAUGGGGAACGAUGCUACAGUGGUGACAAAAAUGAUAAAAAAUCAUAGCUGACCGAGCCAAUAGUGCCCUCUUCUGGUGAAGCUGUCAGUGAGACCUUUAAUCUUGUCAUCUAAAAUCUAGUAUAUGAAGAAAGAUGGCUAGCAUCCCCAUGCUUUUCCUUUCAAUUUGAAGCUGAUAUUUAUUUAAUAAGAGAUUUGCCCUAUUCUCCUGAAUUUGCAUUAAAUGUAUAUUCCGGGUUCAGCAUGGGUAGCAUUUGUGGCAUAAUGUUGAUUAUUACAGAAAUUACUUUCAACUUAUUCCUCCUUUGCUUUAAUAAAAAAAUAAUAAUAAUAAAAUAGAGAACUUGGAAUGGAAGUAAGUUCCAUUGUGCAAAUAUGUUACAAACCUAUUAAAAAUGCUGACAACUCGUUUCGGCAGUUCAGUUUCAAUUUUCAACUUUAUUCAUACACAAUUUCAGCAUUUUUUUGUUAAUCAACAUAAUGCCACAAACGCUGUUGUUUGCGUUUAACUUGUAUUGACCAUGGAAUAUUCCUUUAACUGAAUGUUAUGGAUGGAAAAAAUUAAGGGACAUGAGUAGCAGUUGCUUUUUGAAUUUGUUUACUCUUACCCAUUGUAAUUUUGUUUGUUAAUUUGUUUGUUAAAUGCAGUUGUUUAAUUUGGCAGAUUAAUGUUAAUGUGUUAAUGAAAAGAAGCCGGUAGUUGUCUACCUCCGUGUUGCACUAAGAUACAUGUAAGCUAAUCAGGAUAGAGAGAUGAAAUAUUAGACUAGUGGGAAGUUUUAAGCUUAUCUGCGUUUUGCACAAUGUAAUACCAUCCAAAAUUUAUAUAAAAAGGAGUAGGAGUUUCGGUGCCAAAAUCCUUUUGAUUGACAUAGUAAUUGUAUAGUUCCUGCAUUAAUGUAUUUUGUACUUUUUGAAAAUAGCAUUUAACAGAAAGCCCUGUGUGGGGCAAAACACUGUGAUUGUCUUCUACUGGUGUAAAGACUAAAGGGAAAUUAAGUAUUUAUGCUCUUUGAAAUGGAUGUUGCUGAAAUAGUUGUAGUUAGCUGCUUGCAGAAUGUUAGGAUUGUUUCUGUUGUUAAGGAGGAAUUUAUGACUUUCUAUAUGGAGUUUGUGUUGCGCAUUUCUAUGAUUUACUGGAUUUACUAUGAUGUCUUUUAUGGCCUAAUGUCUGACUUGAUUUGGACCCGUUAAAAGUCCCAUAACUAAAACAUGACUUUAAAUGUACGACAUUAAAGUUAAAUAAAUGCCUAAUUUGGAAACUCCUGA